AGGGGCUCUGGAGAACUCCAUGUCCCAGAGAUCUCGGCAUCAGUGAACCGAGGAGCCUGGGCUUGAGUAACAUGGCAGCGCCGUCCAGCAACACAUGCGGGGUUAUGGAGCGGUCUAUCCGCGACCGAGUACCCCCGCUGCUGACCGACCUGUACCAGUUCACCAUGGCCUACGCGUACUGGCGGACCGGCCGGCACCAGGAGCCCGCAGUGUUCGAGCUCUUCUUCAGGGACAAUCCGUUCGGCGGUGGCUUCUCGCUGUUCGCCGGUCUGCACGACUGUCAGCUGUUCCUGCGCAGCUUUCGCUUCACAGAUGAAGAUGUGGAGUUCCUUCGCUCCGUCCUGCCGCCGGCCACAGACCCCGCCUUCUUCCAGUUUCUGCGAGGCCUGGACUGUUCUGGCGUCACACUCCGCUCCGUCCCAGAGGGCACUGUGGUGUUUGCCAGGGUGCCUCUGAUGGAGGUGGCAGGCCCGCUGGCUGUGGUUCAGCUGCUGGAGACCAGUUUACUGUGUCUGGUUAACUACGCAAGUCUGGUGUGUAGUAACGCUGCCCGUUUCCGCCUGGCGGCCGGCCCCAGGAGGAAGCUGCUGGAGAUGGGCCUCAGGCGGGCCCAGGGGCCAGAUGGAGGUCUCACCGCCUCACGAUACACACACAUUGGAGGGUUUGAUCUCACCAGUAAUGUACAGGCUGGAUUCCUGUUCGGGAUCCCCGUUGCCGGGACCAUGGCUCACUCAUAUGUCACCUCCUUUACCUCCCUGGAGGAGGUGUGGCCUCAAACUCUCGUGGCAGUGAGCGGGGACCCAGAUCCGGUUGACUUCAUUUCUCUGACAAAAGGCUGGUUGAGACGUGUCUGUGAGCUUCUGGGAGCAGAACCGGGGAAGAUCAGAGAGGGCGAGUUGGCCGCCUUCUUGUCCUAUGCCAUCGCCUACCCUCAGAACUUCCUCCCUGUAAUUGACAGCUACAGUGUUGGCUGCAGUGGGGUGUUGAACUUCUGCGCUGUGGCCUUGGCGCUGUGUGAACUGGGCUACAGGCCUGUGGGAGUUCGUCUGGACAGCGGAGACCUCUGCAGGCAGUCGCUUGAUGUCCGUCGCGUCUUCAGACUCUGCAGCGAGCAUUUCUCCAUCCCUGCCUUUGAUUCACUGAUCAUUGUUGGGACCAAUAACAUCUCAGAGCAAAGCAUGGCUGAACUCAACAAGAAGGAGAAUGAGAUUGACGUGGUUGGUGUUGGAACACAUCUGGUCACCUGCACGAAACAGCCCUCGCUAGGUUGUGUGUAUAAGUUGGUGGAGGUCAGGGGAAGGCCCAGGAUGAAGAUCAGUGAGGACCCAGAGAAGAGCACUGUACCUGGGAGGAAAGCUGUCUACCGGCUGGUGGACGCUGAGGGCCAUCCUUUUCUGGACCUGGUGUGCCUGGAGGUGGAGUCUCCUCCAGAGGCAGGAGUCCCACUGAGCUGUUACCCUCUGGGGUGCGAUAACUCCGCUGUCUCAAUCACUCCAGCUCAGGUCACCUGUCUCCGUCAGGAAGUGUUUACCAAAGGACAGGUCACACACCGUCUGUGUAGCGCUGCAGAAACUAGAGCAAAGGUCCAGGGCUCCCUCCAGACUCUGCAUCCUCGACAUAAGAGGCUGCAGGAGCCAGACUCUUACACAGUGGCACUGUCAGUGAAACUCCACAACCUGGUGACAGAGAUUCAAAGAGGCAGCUCCAAUGACAGCAACUUUCUCUUAGCCAACUAAAGAUAAUCCUACACAACUCUUCUGUUGCCAUCUCCUGUUUUUUGUUGUUUUUUGUUGUCUUAUUAACACUAUUUCCCAAAGUCCCUCACAGUUCUAAUACACAUUUAGAGCUCUGCCAUAAUGAAACCAUAUCACCAUGUCGUAAAAUACAGAAGGUCACAAAUCCAUUGUUGGCCUGUUUCCUUCCUUUUAUGCAUAUAAAACAGGGUAAAAUAAACAAACUACCAAACA